AUGAAUGGUGUAAAAAGAAGAGCUUCUAUUUCCCUGUCUAAUAAUAACACUACUUUAAAGCAAUUUAAAAAGGAUGGUACAACUCAGGAUCAUAUAGACAAUACUACCACUAAAGAUAAUAAUAGUGAUCAUAAAAGUGAUUCUAAUACCAAUACUAAUACCAAUACUAAUACUGACUCUGAUACUGAUAGCGAUAGUGAUAGUGAAAAUGAUAACGAAUCCUCUCAAACAAAAAAUCAUGUUACUACAUCUGCACAAGACAUCCAUAUAGCGAGAGAAACCGCAGAGUUAUUCAAAUCUAAUAUCUUUAAGCUACAGAUUGAUGAAUUAUUGGAACAAGUCAAAUUAAAUAACAAACAUAUCUUAAAAGUAGAAAAAUUUUUACAUAAACUGUAUGAUUUGAUACAACAAGUCCCUGAACCUUCUGAAAAAUCCUUGAUAGAAAUACAAUCCUUUUUCAAAGAUAAAAUCGUCUCAAUACCCUUUGUGGACCCAAAACCCAAUGUUAAUAACACUAACUAUAAAUUCACAUAUUCAAAACCUGACGUCUCUUUAAUAGGCUCCUUUGCUCUGAAACUUGGUAUCUACCAACCAACAGGUUCUUCGAUAGAUAUAUUAUUGACUAUGCCAUCCGAAUUGUUCUCUAAAAAAGAUUUUUUGAAUUUUAGAUGUCUACAUAAAAGAAGUGUCUAUUUGGCUUGGCUCACACAUCAUCUAUCUGUUUUAUUCCAAAAGGAGAAAAUGGAUUCCUUUUUAAAUUUGAAAUAUGAAUACUUUAAUAACGAUACUCUACUACCAAUCCUAAAAAUAUAUUGUGAAAAUAAUAAACGAGAUUCUCAGGAUAAUAAUAAUAAUAAUAAUACAACCAACGAUUAUAAUUUCUAUAAAACAAAAUUCUCAAUAAAUUUAAUAAUCGGUUUUCCAGAAAAAAUCUUUGAACCAAAAAAAUUAUUACCGAACAGAAAUUGUAUUAGAAUAGCACAAGAUAAUAAUUCUAAAUCAGACACCUCGAGUCUGCCUUCUACUCCAUUAUACAAUUUCUCUAUUUUAUCUUCCACCACAUACGAACCAUAUUUAAAAUACCUUUACCAUACCAAAAAAUCCACCGAAUCUUUUAAAGAAGCCUCCAUAUUGGGUAGACUAUGGUUGCAGCAACGUGGUUUCACUUCUAAAUUAGCACAAUCUGGUUCACUUGGCGGAUUUGGCACUUUUGAAUUUACCAUAUUGAUGGCUGCAUUAUUGAACGGUGGUGGCGUUAACGGUAAUAAAAUCCUUCUACAUGGUUUCUCGUCUUAUCAACUGUUUAGAGGUGUUAUUAAAUUUUUGGCAACUAUGGAUCUCUGUGACUUUGGUCACUUACAAUUCCAUUCCGACAUACACUAUGCUGAUGGAGUCUCUAAAUACAUAAAACAAGGUUUUCAAACACCAACUUUAUUUGAUAAAACCAAUAAAGUCAACAUUUUAACCAAAAUGACCGUUUCUUCGUAUCAUGCAUUGAAAGAAUAUGCUAAAAUGACUCUGCAUAUGUUGAAUAAUGUUGUACAAGACCAAUUCUCUAACAUAUUCCUAACCAAUAUCAACAAGUUUGAUAAUAUCAAAUAUGAUCUUUGUUUUGACUUGAAAUUUCCAUUAAAUGAAAAUGACAAUAAUGCUGAUAAUUCAUUGAUAUCUAAAUUUACACCAAACGAAAAGAUUAAGUUUAUAACUUUUGAAAACUUUCUGGUUAAUAAAAUAACAUCUGUCUUAAACUUCGCCCUAGGUGAUAGGAUCAAUACUGUAGAAGUUGAAUUAGUUGGUUUACAAUCGCAGUUUCCUAUAAGGAAGAGAAAGGUAUAUUCCAAUAAUUCCACUCAUUCAUUUAAUUUUGAAUAUAUUAAAAUUAAACUACUUGUCAAUCCAAAUGAAAGUGAAAAAUUGGUUACAAGAGGCCCACCACAUUCUGAAAAUGUCACCCCUGAAGCUGCCACUUUUAAAUCCUUUUGGGGCCCAAAGACAUCUCUCCGUAGAUUCAAAGAUGGUUCCAUCAUCCAUUGUUGUGUAUGGACUCCUUCUGCCAAUGAACCAAUAAUAUCUUCUAUUGUUAAUUAUGUACUAAAAAGGCACAUCCUGGCUAAUGUUCAAAUUAAUAAUAGUGUUACCAAACAAUUUCAAGAAUUGAUACCAUUACCAAAUCUACCUGCAAGUAAGACCACCUCAGUCUUAAAUAUAACAAGUUAUUAUAAUUUAAAAAAAUCAUUUGACGAUUUGUAUAAGGUAAUUUUCAAGAUGACCUUGCCAUUGUCUGUCAAAUCUAUCUUACCUAUUGGUUCAGCGUUUAGAUACACAUCUCUAUGUCAACCAGUUCCUUUUGCAUACUCUAAUCCAGACUUCCUACAAGAUGUAAUACUAGAAUUUGAAACUUCACCAAAAUGGCCCGACGAAAUUUCAUCUUUAGAAAAAGCCAAGACUGCCUUCUUAUUGAAAAUUCAAGAGCAAUUAACAAAAGACCAUGGGUCUAAAUAUAAAUCCUAUUUCACAAGAGAUGAAUCUAUCCCAUUUAAUCUAGAUGUCACUACCCUAAAUAUUCUUACUCCGGAAGGAUUUGGUUUCAAAUUUAAAGUAUUAACCGAACGUGACGAAGUACUAUACUUAAGAGCAAUUUCCAAUGCAAGAAAUGAUAUUAAACCAUUAUUAGAAGAAACAUUUUUGAAAUUUACCGCCAAAUAUCUAACUUCUGUCAAACAUACAAGAACUUUAGAAAAUAUUUCACAUUCUUAUCCAUUUUUCUCACCAGUGGUAAGAUUGUUUAAAAAAUGGUUAGAUACUCAUCUUUUAUUGGGUCAUCUAACAGAUGAGUUAGUUGAAUUGAUCGCUAUUAAACCAUUUGUCGAAGCUGCUCCAUACCAUAUACCUGGAUCAGUGGAAAAUGGGUUUUUGAAAAUUUUAAAGUUUUUAGGUCAAUGGAAUUGGAAAGAAGAACCAUUAAUUCUUGAUUUAGUUAAACCAGAUGAAGAUUUGGAAAAUGGAUUUGAAACAAGUAUUGGUGGAUCUGAUAUUGAUACUAACACAAUAAAAAAACUGUCUGAAAACUUAACAUUAGCCCAAUAUAAGGGUAUUCAAACCAAUUUUGGUAACUUAAGAAAAACUGACCCAAACGGUUUACAUCUUCAAUUUUUUGUUGCAUCUAAGAACGAUCCAAGUGGUAUAUUAUAUUCUAGUAACAUCCCAUUACCUAUUGCUACUAGACUGACCGCAUUAUCUAAAAUUGCAAUGAAUUUGAUCCAAACUCAUGGUCUAAAUAAACAGACUAUUGAUUUAUUGUUUACGCCUGGUUUAAACGAUUAUGAUUUUGUUAUCAAAUUGAAAACGCCAGUUGAUUUAAAGCACUCAUCCGGUGUCAUAGAUAACACUGAGUAUAGAAAUAUUACUAACAUCAAUGCACCACUUUCAUUUCCAGAGGAUGUAUCUCAAUUAAGUGAAAGAAUGGAUCCAACUUAUCAAUUAGUCAAAUAUUUAAACAUGAAGUAUAAAAAUAGCUUGAUCUUUUCUAGCCAUAGAUAUAUUGGUGUCACAGGUGGUGCAAAAGGAAAUAAAAAUGUCAUUACUGGUUUAAUAAAACCACAUUUCAAGAAAUCGCAAAAAUUCAAAGUAAAUAUAGAUGCUAAUGUCAAACCAAUUGACAAAGAAACUGUGGAACUCAAUAAAAAUGCGUUAUUCCAUGAAAUUGUUGCAUUUUCUAGUGAUCUAGUUGUCAGUUUUCAAAGCAAAUAA